AUGGACGACGAAUUGUCCUAUACGGUCGAGAAUGAGCAGCAGUUCUGGGCUGAACUCGACGAUAUCGUCGCUGCGCCCCACGAGACUCACGAGCUGAUCGACAAUGCCUUGCGACUAUUCUUGGGCUUCACGACGACCUUCAAACAAGAAUACCUGCAAUCCGAGUACGACAUCGCGCGAUGCUGCUACAAGCUGCUGGAUGCGGAGCUCUGCAAGAAGAAUCAGGAUUAUGUGAGGAGGCAGAUGUUGUAUUGCUUGUUGCAGCAGGAAGACGAUGCGGAUACAUUGCACCUUACAGCAGCUGUGCUGCUGUUUGAUGGGCGCGCCAAUGAGGCUGCUUUUGAGAUGAUGCAGCGCGAGGCCGCAUUCCCACGCCUUGUGGAACUGGUCAAGGCAAAGCGAGAUGAUGACAUUGGCUUACAUCGCUUGUUGCUGGAGCUGCUGUUCGAGAUGUCUCGAAUACAGACGUUGUCCAGAGACGAAUUGAUGACCGUGGACGACAACUUUAUUCUGUACCUAUUCCGAUUGAUCGAGGAGCUUUCGGACGACGCCGAGGACCCGUACCACUAUCCCAUUAUCAGAGUUCUGCUGGUUCUGAACGAACAAUACAUGUGCCUGGCCAACACGCCGCUGUCGCCGGUCGACGGCAGCAUCACGGUCACGAAUCGCAUCUUGAAACUUUUGUCUUUGCAUGGACCUACUUACAUGACCUUUGGAGAGAAUCUUAUCCUUCUUCUGAACCGCGAAUCGAAGCUGGGACCACAGCUGCUCAUUCUCAAGCUCUUGUACUUGCUGUUCACCACUCCUUCAACUUACGAAUAUUUCUACACCAACGAUCUCCAUGUCCUAGUCGACGUGAUCAUUCGCAACCUCUUGGAUCUGGAUCCUGGAAAUGGAGGCUCGGAAUCUGACGAUCAGGACGGCCAACGAGCACUGAAGCAUACCUACCUUCGCGUCCUUUGCCCACUGCUGAAGAACACGCAACUGUCUCGAGAAGGAAGUCAUUAUAAGAGAGAGGAGGUACGAAGAUUGAUGUAUCUGCUGGUCAACAGGUCAUCCGCACACUUUGCACCAGUGGAUGAGACGGUGCUACGUUUGGUCAUUCGCAUCAAACAGAUUGAGUGGCUGAGGGAAGAAGGUGAUGACCAGGACGAGCUCAUCGAGCAGAAGCUGUCGGAGGCCACACCGGCGGACGCUCGAGUAGCCAAAAAGCUCCUUGGGAUGUCUUUGGCAGACGGUGCAGUGAGCAGUCUCAGCGUAGCCGACGUAUCCGCCAAAGUCGUGAAGGAGAAGCCGAGCGUCCCAGCUCCAAGAAGACGAAGACGAGCAUCCAAAGCCAACGGCAAGUCGACAUCCAGUAACGGCUCCGCGGUCGCCUCUGAGUCACUUCAAGUCCCGUCACAGGAGUCGAGUACGAACGCUGGUGUGGCAAUAUCCCGCGGUGACACUCGCAGCCCCUUUGCGGAUGAGAACGCCGAAUCCUGAGUCGACCUUGCCUCUGAGGUAGUCCAUGAAGCGGACCGCGAGUCCGGACGUGUCACGAUUGUGCACCAUGAGAUCGCGUCACAUCAAUUUGUGCUCCCUCGACGACGGGAGGCGUCCAUCAUCGCGACGCCUCCGCACGAGAUGGCUGCCAUCUGUCAAGUCUUCGCGUGUGUGUCGCUUGCGUGCGUACUUGCGAAACGAGCCGUUGCAAGCAGCUGUCCGGAUACGCGCAGGAUGCGGACAUCAUUCGCGUCAGUUCCGAGCAGGACAAGACUGGUUCAGUGACGAGACAUACUGGUUCAGUGACGAGCGAAUACUGGUUCGGUGACCUGACCGGUAGCUCCGGAGGUUUUCGUGGCUUCCACCAGUUCUCCUUGCCUCAGCAUAAAAUGAGGUCGUCCGUCGCUAGCUCGAUCAACUCCUUUGUGCUGCUGUAAACUCCCAAUGCAGAAAGGUGCAGAUGAAGGGUCGCACUUCCACCACAUCCGUCUGUGGGCUGGCACGAUGCAGGACUCGCCAGCAAUUGCAAGAGCAGCGAAGCUUGGAAAAGCUUGACAAUGAUCGACAGUGCCAGACUUAUCGUGUCGCACGGCAUUUCAUGUCGCACAGUGCCUGCAGCAGAGUUUUUCGGGAC